GUUUGUGCUGCUGGUGUCGGGGCUGGGCCUGGGCAGUGGCAGUGGGGAGACCCUGCUGAGCACCCAACUGCUGCUGGACGUGGUGGGAGGUCACCUGGGCGCCGAGGGCCACCAACGCGCGGCCGCGCUCAUCGCCAGGGUCCUGCUGGCAGGGAACCUCCUCAGCCACCACACCCAGGGCAGGGACACCAUCAACAAGGCCAAGUACUUGACCAAGAAGACGCAGGCCGCGAGCGUGGAGGCCGUCAAGAUGUUGGAUGAGAUCCUCCUGCAGCUCUGUAGCUCUGUGGACGUGGAUGUGAUGCCAGGAGAGUUUGACCCCACCAACUACACCCUCCCCCAGCAGCCUCUCCACCGCUGCAUGUUGCCCUUGGCCAGUGCCUACUCAACCCUUCACCUGGUCACCAACCCCUACCAGGCCGACCUGGAUGGCGUCAGGUUCUUGGGCACCUCAGGCCAGAACAUCAGUGACAUCUUCAAGUACAGCAGCAUGGAGGACCACCUGGAGAUCAUGGAGUGGACGCUGAGGGCAGGACACAUCAGCCCCACAGCUCCUGACACGCUGGGCUGUUACCCCUUCUACACCUCCGACCCUUUCAUCCUCACCGAGUGUCCUCACGUCUACUUCUGCGGCAACGCCCCCAAGUUCCAGUCCAAGCUGCUCCAAGGAGAGGAAGGGCAGAAGGUGCUGCUGGUGGCAGUGCCCGAGUUCAGCUCCACCCAGACCGCGUGUCUCGUCAACCUGCGCGACCUCUCCUGCCAGGCCAUCACCUGCUCCGGCUUCGGGGCCGAGGAGGACGGUGGGGACAUGGACCUUGGGCUCUGA